AUGCUUAAUAAAACCAAAACCAAUCGAUUGCUGAUAUUAACAGGCCUUGGCCUGCUAGUAUUUGGGGUUUCUUUUCUUCUUCUGCAAAACAGUAGGUUUACCCUCCUGUUUCGCCGCGAUCAAGUCUAUACCCAUCUACAAGGCUCGCUUGACCAAAAUAGCUACAAAACUAUUGUUCUGCCCAACAAACUCCAAGUUGUUUUGAUUACAAAUCCCGAAACUCUAAAAGGCGCGGCUUGUCUAAAGGUUCAGGUUGGCAAUAUGCACAGCCCGUCUAAUCACCCAGGCCUGGCCCAUCUUUUAGAGCAUAUGCUGCUCACGAGCACUAAAGCUCAUCCUGAUACCAGCCAUUAUAGAAAGUUUAUCCAGGAUCACAGCGGAUUCUGCAAUGCAAUUACCUACCAAGAGUACACAGAAUAUCAUUUUGAUGUUUCAUCAGACUAUCUCGGCCAAGCACUAGAUAUAUUUAGCGGCUUCUUCAAGUAUCCACUAAUUGAUGCUCAAUACCUCGAAAAAGAACUGAACAUUGUGCACAACGAAAUGGAAACAGGAAUGGGCAAUGAUGCCAAACGAGCUUUUAUACUUGGAUUACAUCUUACUAAACCCGAGUCUCCACUAUCGAAGUUCACAACUGGCUCGCGCGAAACUCUCAAAAACACCAAGCGAGAACAUUUGCUUUGCUUUUGGAAACAGUACUACCGGCCAGAUAAGAUGCAGUUAGUAGUCUAUGGAAAAGAGUCGCACGAUGUCCUAGAAGGCUAUGUCAAAAAGCACUUCUCGGGUAUCAAGACCCAUUCUGACCACCAGUGGAUCUUUCCCGAGCCGCCCUACGAACUGCUGGGCAACACCCUUCCCAAGCCAAGCGAAACCGAUACGUCACACGAGCUAAUCCGAUCCGAUUUGCAAAACAAACUGGUAUACUACAAACCCCAGAGCUCUCAAAACACAACAACCCAACUAACUGUUAAAAUCAACUUACCCCAAUCACUCCAUGCAUACAAAGAGAAGACAGCCGAAUUUAUAGUUGAUGCGUUUAAUGAAGGAAAAGAGUUGAAUGGAUUCAACUUGUUAAUCAACAACGGCGUGAUUGUAUCUAGCAGUUGCAAUUAUGCUAUGUCCACCACAGCAACUUCCAUAACUAUCGAAGUUGAGCUUAAGUCCAGUACGCAGCCCCAGAUCGAAAGUAUUAUCAACCUUAUCCAGGCUAAACUAGAGCUAGUUCGCAAAAUGGGCACACAAGAGCUCUACGCCACUUACAAGAAGAUAUUCCAAAACCGAAUGGAGGACUAUAAUAUAGACAAUUCGAUGUCUUUGGCCAUAGACAUUGCCGAGAAUCUUCCAUGGAUAGCUUUAGAAGACAUUUUCUCUAUAGGCUAUAAAUGGGAAAUCUUCAAUGCCAAGGAAUUCCAUCGUUUUGUUGAUAUCGCCCUAGACCGUUCAAAAUGGUUAGUGACAGUUCGAACAAACGCGCUACCAGCCGAUGCCCCUCUCCAGACUGAGCCCUAUUACGGCAUUAAAUAUGCGGUAGUGGACCUAACUGGCCAAACAGAUGACAAAAUAGAUUCAAUUACUCAACAGAUGGAAUGGAGUACCAAGUACAUCUUUGACGAGGUUGAUUUGACUAAGGCUAGACAAAACAAUCAACUCUCAGCCAAGUUCGGCAGCUUUAUUACAAACACUAAUCUCUGCCCCUUUAUUGAUAACCACAAAUAUAUAUCUACUAUUUCCCAUGCUGAGAAUGGCUUAGAUGCCCGAUUGGUUCAUGAUAAAGGCAUCAUAACCAAAAAGACUCGAGUAGCGGUUAUCUUGGAAGCUCCGGACUUUGAAAAGGACGUUUCUACGUACGUGGCAUUCCGCGGGUACGUAGCUGCUUAUUUGAAGGGCUUCAGACUUAAGUAUUACGAGCAUAUCAGAGUGUCCAACACCAAUAUAGCACAUCUUGAUGCCAAUGCCGGAAAACUUCGCAUAACAUUCCAUGGAUACCCUUUAGUUAUUCAGGAUCUCAUUGAUCUAUUCUUUGCUGAUUUUGCUGCUUCUCAUCAAGACUAUCUUGUUAUGGCCCAGACUCUGACCCCAAUUGUGUUUGAUAAUGUUCUAGCCCAGCAGCCCGAGUCCCUUUGUAACACCGUGGGAUUUAGAAUGUACACCCAAGCACUACCUUUCACCCCAACCGAGCUCGCUGAGGCCGCCAGGCAUAUUAAGCUUGAGGAUAUAAUCGUUAUUACCCAAGCCAAGAUAUCCAUCUUUGUGUUUGGAAACACCACCGAGCAGGAGUUCCGGAAUAUCAUUACAACCGUCAAGAAACACGUUACACCAACUACUCUACCUCAAGCACCCAAGCCUACUUCAUGCCCAAUGCGCCUUGAGCUGCCAACUGUUGACAAGCUUAACAACGCAGUUAUGCUAAUCCAUGAGGUCGCCGGCCCCAGCACGAUAAGAAACUAUGCGAUGGCUGGUUUGGUUUACCAACUAGAAAAUGAAACCUUCUUCAACCAACUCCGAGUUAAAGAAGGGCUUGGGUAUAUUGCUUCUUGCGAUUUUUGGGGAUUUGGUGGCAAAGCUUAUGUCUCCUUGAUCAUCCAAGGGUCAAAAGACGUCGAUCUGAUCGAAACGCGCAUGCGAGCCUUUGUGCAAGCUAUAAGUGACCAUAUUGCCCAUCUUUCUGAUGAGGAGUUCAAGAAACACAAAGAAUCCCUUAUAACUAAUCUCCGAUGCACUCCCUUUGACAUUGUUGGUUAUGCUAAUGACCUAUGCUUUUAUUGGGAAAACAUAGAUAUGGACUUUGAAGCCAAGCCCAUGUCCUACAUCAAUGUUGCAAGUAUCACCAAGACCGAGCUAGUUGAAUACAUGCGCCAGCAUGCUAAUGACUUUACAACCAUUUGCUCCUCUAACAAGUUUACCAAGUUCACUAGAACUACGCAAGCUACGCAAUAA